GUUAGCAAUGGUCAGUCCAGUCACGGAGAAUCCGAUUCGUGCGAAUACUUGUAUAGAACCGUUGAAAUUUACGGACUCACACCUAAAAGUUGGGCACAACUCUGACUUUUUUGGAAAUUUGAUGAGAGCAGUGGUUGGACACUUGGAACCCGAAGCGAGACAAGAGUUCAUCACAAUCAUUACAACUCAUUCUGAUGAAAACAUUCCUAAUAGCAUGUGGACUAAUACCGUAUUUCUAAUUAUCUUUUUCGCCUUUCUAGCUAUUGCCUUUGUUUUGCUGGCAACACUACUAUAUAGGCUAGUGACGAAGUGGACCAAAUUUCGAAGGAGAAUGAAACACAAACCGCGUACUCUACUGGGAAGUGGCUUCGUGCUUAUACUUGGUGUAGUAUCUUCUAGCUGCCUAAUCGCUGUAAUAUCGAGAUGGUCUUCAAAUUUCAAAGAUGCCGAAGAAUUUCGGAGCUACAUGAUGUCCACUGCAGCCAACGAUUCCUACUUUGUUGCGUACUCGAAAGCAAUGUUAUGUAGUGCAUCUAAUGCAAAUGAAACAGCUCUAUCCUCGUUCAAAGCGCAGUAUGGCUCUUUGCUUACUGAAUUAAACAAGUACACAACAGCCGUUGGGGCAGUUAAAGUGUCAAGAAAAUAUCUUGAACAGUUUAUGAAAUCCACAGAAGAAUGUAAUGGGACAGAACUGGAAGACCUGAGAAAAUAUGUGAAAAGCCAACGUAAGAGCAAGCAUGAGUCAUUUCUCACUGUUGCUGUAGAAGCAAUGAAUCAAGUGCAUAACUUUCGCAAGGCCAUUUUUUCAAUGUUCAGUACAUAUGAAAGCAUUGCAAAACAGGUCAUCAAACAAAUAGGAAGGCGAACAAUCAAUCUUGAAGAGAAGAUAGCAGAUUUUGUUGUCACAAAUGAGUCUACGUUCAGCUGGCAGUUCGUUAUAAGGCUCCAUCUAAUAUUACCUAUUGCACUAAUCAUUGUAUGCGCGAGCGGUGCGCUAUGUCUACUAUUUUACUCGAUCAGUACAUUUUUCGAAAAUCAGUCAACUUCUGAUAGCUUUAAUUCGCAAACAAGGAUUUAUGAAAAAGGCGCUCGAUUAUUGAAUUGCUGCGGUUUCUUCGCAAUGGUUAUUUCAAUAAUGUUCUUUGUGUCAACAGCCCUACUCUUCUAUGUUGGCUACUCGUCAGGAUUAAUUUGUAAUGCAUUUGCCGAUUACGACUUCGGAGACUAUCAAAAUUCUUCCGUCAGUUUCGCAAUUGCGCAAAAGAAGUUUGCGAUCAAGCUCAAGUACAUGUAUGAAAGGUGUCGUGGACGUUUUCCUUUUUACGAAGCUAUGUCAUUACGUCCUGCGUUAUCGCAUGCUUUGACUAUCGAGGAUUCGUCUUCACACAUUCCGGAUCUUAAUCGAAAGUUAGACUCAGUGCUUGCUGAGGACUUGGCCAAAGUGUUUGGCGACCAUUUCUCACAAUUGAUGAAGGCGUUGCAGCUCAAAAGCAAGUUAAACACUAAUGAAAUAUCGUGCGUGAAAGAUCCACAGUCUUUCAAUGAUUCAUUGGCACAAAUCAAGGAGUAUGCACAGAUAAUUGGCAAAGCGUCUGCAGAAACUAAUGCAGAUUCGAGCGCAAAAUAUUUGGAAAAACUUGUGAAAGGUAUACGCUCCUGUAGAGACCUACCAGAAUUUCGUAGAAUUUUCUUAAACGAUGUUGAUAACUCGUUACGCAAUUACUCUAUUCAAUGUGGUAAUUUGGCAUCGGCAGUAGAUGUCGUUAAAUCUUUUUGUCUACAUGUACCAGUGCAUUAUCAAGGGAUAUGGGUUGUGUUUGGGAUGACAGCUAUUGUUUCUAUUCAUGUCGUAACCGCUAUGUUCAAAGUGUCGGACUUUUUAAUGCCUACAGAAAAAAUCAGAAUAAGCGGCACGGUUGUUACUUCAAGACUUGCAGCGACAGGAUCAAAAAGAAAGCCAAGUGCUGAACCCUUUUUGAAAAGUGCUAGGGCCGAUCUGAGUAGGAGUCAAUUAGCAGCUUUUCUCACAGGGGAAAGCCCAGGAAAAGCAAAAGCGUCACCCCACAAUAACAACAUCGCACCUGGAAAUGCUCACGCUCCAUCUGAUGAUGCUGGGCAGAUGUACGGAGAAGACAAACUCAACGAUUGAAAGGCGCAGUUUUGAAGCACUUGAGAAAAUAAAACAAAAAGACGAUAUUUUUAUUCAUCAGCAAUUAGUCCAAACACAUAACAAUCUUAAAUGUGUUGUAUUUUCGAGCACAUAAAGUUCCCUAUGU